AUGAGUGAAGAAGGCCCCCAAGUGAAGAUUAGAGAAGCAACCAAAGAUAAUGUUGACUUUAUACUUUCUAAUGUGGACUUGGCACUAGCCAACUCGUUACGUCGGGUGAUGAUAGCGGAGAUUCCUACGUUGGCGAUUGAUUCUGUUGAAAUUGAGACGAACACUACUGUUUUAGCGGAUGAGUUUAUAGCACAUAGGCUUGGGUUAAUUCCGUUGCAGAGUACGGACAUUGACCAAGUGGUUUACUGUCGUGAUUGUUAUUGCGAGGAUCAUUGUGACCGUUGUUCCGUGGAGCUAAUAUUGCAUGCGAUUGGUGAGAGUGAAUCGACGACGAAUGUUUACGCGAAGGAUCUUCAGAUUAUCAGUGAUUUAAAGGGCAGGAACAUUGGCCAUCCGAUUAUACAGGACAAAGAGGGCAACGGUGUUUUGCUUUGUAAGUUGAGGAAAGGUCAGGAGAUCAGGGUGAAAUGCAUUGCCAAGAAGGGGAUUUCGAAGGAGCACGCGAAGUGGUCGCCAGCUGCGGCUAUUGAGUUUGAAUACGAUCCAUGGAAUAAGCUAAAGCAUACGGAUUACUGGUACGAACAAGAUGCAAAGGAGGAAUGGCCACAGUCUAAGAACUGUGAGUUUGAGGAUCCACCUAACGAGGAAGAGAAGUUUGAUUACAGGGCCAAGCCCAACACGUUCUACGUGAACGUGGAGUCUGUGGGGUCUAUAUCUUCGGAGCAAGUUAUUGUGCGUGGUAUCAAAACUUUACAGGAUAAAGUAGCAGACAUAUUGUUUUCGUUGAAGAAGAUGGACCAAGAGAAGGUGAAUUUCGCCGCAGGAGCAGUUUCCACGCAUGUACCACAACAAGUGCCGAUGGAGGAAGAGAUGGAUCCGUACGGUGGUCCAGCCGGAAGCUCUGGGUAUGACGAUGCAUGGUAG